GAAACCAUGCUCGGCUGUGUUUUUGAUUCUGUCACGUGACAGAAUCAAAGCAGCGUCUCCUUUGGACUACGAUUCCCAGCGUUCAUAGCGCAUCAGAACACGGAAGCGCCGCUGUGGUUGAUCGUGAAAGAGCUGCUGCUGUUGAAAAUGUGGUGUUGGCGUGUGUGAGAAAGACAUGGUGCCUGAACAUGGGAAGCAGCAGAAACGCUCGUCGCAGCCGUCUAAUCCUGAGGGCGACGUGGACGGAUCGUUCGUGUUUGAAGCCCAAGAGGCCUGGAAGGACUUCCACAACUCGCUCCGACAGUUUUACGAGAACGGAGAACUGUGUGACGUCACUCUGAAGGUUGGAAACAGACUCAUACCAUGUCACAAGCUAGUUCUGGCCUGCGUCGUUCCUUAUUUCCGUGCCAUGUUCCUCUCAGACAUGGCCGAGGCCAAACAGGACCUGAUUGAGAUACGCGAUUUCGACGCUGACGCCAUCCAGGACCUGGUGGGUUUCGCCUACUCCUCUCGACUGACUCUGACGGUGGAUAACGUCCAGCCGUUGCUGUACGCGGCGUGUAUCCUGCAGGUGGAGCUGAUCGCCCGUGCCUGCUGCGAGUACAUGAAGGCUCAUUUCCACCCCUCCAACUGUCUGGCCGUCCGCACGUUCGCGGAGAGUCACAACAGGGUGGACCUGAUGGACAUGGCCGACCGUUACGCCUGUGAGCAUUUCAGCGAAGUGGUGGAGUGUGAGGACUUCAUCUGCGUUUCACCACAGCACCUGAAAACCCUGCUGGCCUCCAGUGACCUCAACAUUCAGUCUGAGUCUCAAGUGUACAACGCUGCAGUCAAAUGGCUGAAAGCAAAUCUGAAACACCACGACGUCUGGCUGGAUCAGAUCAUGUCUCAGGUGCGUCUUCCUCUGCUGCCGGUGGACUUCCUCACAGCCACUGUUGCCAAAGAGGAAAUAAUCAAGGCCAAUCUGAACUGCAGAGAUCUUUUGGAUGAGGCUCGCAACUAUCAUUUGCACCUUAGUAACAAGAGCGUUCCUGACUUUGAGUAUUCUGUCCGCACGACACCCCGCAAACACACCGCUGGUGUGUUGUUCUGUGUUGGGGGACGGGGCGGUUCCGGUGACCCGUUCCGCAGUAUCGAGUGUUACUCCAUCAGUAAAAACAGCUGGUUCUUCGGGCCUGAAAUGAACAGCAGACGGAGACACGUGGGAGUGAUCUCAGUGACGGGGAAAGUUUAUGCUGUUGGCGGCCAUGACGGCAAUGAGCACCUCGGGAACAUGGAGAUGUUUGAUCCACACACCAACAAGUGGAUGAUGAAAGCGUCCAUGAACACAAAACGGAGGGGGAUUGCGCUGGCCGCUCUCGGCGGUCCCAUCUACGCCAUCGGCGGUCUGGAUGAUAACUCCUGCUUCAGUGAUGUGGAGCGCUAUGACAUCGAGUCGGACCGCUGGAGCGCCGUCGCCCCCAUGAACACGCCCCGAGGAGGCGUCGGGUCUGUGGCGCUCGGGGGUUAUGUGUACGCGGUCGGGGGAAAUGACGGCGUCGCAUCGCUGUCCAGCGUGGAGCGGUUCGACCCUCAUCUAAACAAAUGGACAGAUGUGCGAGAAAUGGGGCAGCGGCGCGCUGGAAACGGUGUCAGUGAGCUCAACGGAUGCCUCUACGUUGUUGGUGGUUUUGACGAUAAUUCUCCGCUGAGCUCAGUCGAGCGCUUCGACCCCAGGAUGAACCGCUGGGAGUAUGUGGCAGAGCUGACCACACCGAGGGGCGGAGUCGGCGUUGCCACGGUGAUGGGGCGUGUCUUUGCGGUAGGAGGGCACAAUGGAAACAUCUACCUGAACACGGUGGAGGCCUUCGAGCCCCGGAUGAACCGGUGGGAGCUGGUCGGCUCCGUGUCUCACUGUCGGGCCGGUGCGGGAGUCGCAGUCUGUUCCACUCACAUCAGUCAGAUUCGGGACGUCGGCCAGGGCUCCAGUAACGUCGCCGACUGCAUGUAGCCACACCCUCAUAGUGUGACACACUCCAAACGCCCUCGUUCAGCUUUACCGUUCUGGUUUCAUGACAAGAGACGUCGUGUUUUUGCUUUGAUUUAGUGUCGUCAGUGGAAAGUGUUUUUCCUUCUUUUCUCCAGCGCUGAGAUCAUGUGAUCACUGUAUCUGAUGUUUGUGCUGAUUUCUGCUGCAGUAUUUUCUCUCUUCUUAGACAUUAAGAAAUCUUCAGUAAACUAGACGACAGUGUUCAGACAUCAGAACUGAGGUUCAGUCCUCUGAAUAUCCGUGACGUGAAUUCAGCGAACGGCAGUUUUGCGCUUCCUCGUGUGUUUGAAAGGCAGAAUGACAUCAGAUGCUUGUAAAUGCACAAGUUUAAAAGUCUCUUUUGUGACUUCAGGACCCAAAGAACGAUCAAAAAGAGAUUGUUCUGUAGCGCGUGCGUACAAUCACAGACACGAUCAGGACGAAAUGAGAGAUCCGUGACGCUCGUCUGAACCCUGAAUAAGAUCCAGACCGGGCUCAGGUUUAGGUUUGUGUCAAACAGUUAUUCGCGAUAAAGACUUGAGCUUUUCACUGCCAAACGUGAAGCUGGACGGAAAGCCGAGAAGCUCAGAGAUGCGUUUAUAUGUUACCGUUGUGUAUUACAAAUGUAAAGCUUUUUUCUGGCUCGCCGUUAUACAUGAUUUAGUUCGGCGUGAAAGCAAUGUUUGCAUUUGAAGCAGAUCAGUUAUACAGUGAAGACACACGUUGAGGUUUUUAUAUAUGUAGAAAUGUUUUGUUUUUGUGACGAGUCUUAUUUGAAAAUGAUUUAUAAAUGAAAUAUGAAAUAUUUAUUUUGUCUAAUGCACCCCCCACCCCUUAGAUUUGAGAUUUGAGUUCAUGUUUUCUUUCAGGACUUGUUGUUUGGACGCUGAUGUGUCCAGUGGCAUAAACAUCUGAUUAUAUUUAAGAACUGCUGUUAGAAUGUUGAUAUUGUUGAAAUGUUUUACAUUAUACUGGUGUCACAGAUGUUUAACAUGUGUAACUGUAACAAAUAUAAUAUUCAUACAGUGGUGUAUGUAACAUCUGUGCAGCUCCACAGGACAGAAGAACAGCGUUUCUGUACCUGCUGAUUAAAUGCAGUGUAUUUGAUUGAUAUUUAUCUGUCUGAAGCAUGACACUUUAUAGCAUAUUCACCCAUGAUAUCGUUUUGCUCAAUAUCAUUUAUUUAUUUCAUUCAGUUUUCCCUUUGUGACUUUCUUUUGUUUUUGUAACAAUGAAGUAAAACAGAAAACCAAA